GAAAAAAAGACAGACAGAAAGAGAGACAGAGAUAGAGUGAGAAACAGACUAACUCACUGAAUCAGAAAUCCAAAAAGAGACAGAAAGAAAGACAGGGAAAGAGAAAUAAACAGAAAAUUGGACUCCAAAGAGAUACAGGGAGAAAGACAGACCGAGCGAGAAGAGAGGGGAGCCAGGAGCCAGGGCACAGGGCGCCAGCUGGCGGAAUGGAGGGCGGCCGGGCGUGGGGGAUGUAGUGGCCGAAGCCUGGGCAGAGCAGGGUGGGCAGACAGGAGCGGGGGCCUCAGCAGGGGUGAGAGGGCAUGGGAGGGGCAGGCGUUUUCCUGCUGCUGCUUCUGGCUGAGGUGGGGGCUGGGGUGGCCUGGAGACCCCCAAAGGGAAAAUGUCCUCUGAGCUGCUCCUGCUCCAAAGACAGUGCCCUGUGUGAAGGCUCCCCGGACCUGCCCGAGAGCUUCUCCCCGAGCCUGCUGUCACUCUCACUCGUUAGGACUGAAGUUACGCAGCUGAAGGCCGGCAGCUUCCUGAGGGUGCCCUCGCUGCACCUGCUUCUCUUCACAUUCAACUCCUUCUCCGUGAUUGAGGACGACGCGUUCGCGGGCCUGUCCCACCUGCAGUACCUCUUCAUCGAGGACAACGAAAUUGGCUCCAUCUCUAAGAAUGCUCUCAGAGGACUUCGCUCGCUCACACACCUGAGCCUGGCCAAUAACCAUCUGGAGACCCUCCCCAGAUUCCUGUUCCGAGGACUGGAGACCCUGACUCAUGUGGACCUCCGAGGGAACCCGUUCCAGUGUGACUGCCGUGUCCUCUGGCUGCUUCAGUGGAUGCCCAGCGUGAACGCCAGCGUGGGGACCGGAGCCUGCGCCGGCCCCACUGUCCUGGCCCACGUGCAGCUCCGCCACCUCGACCCCAAGACGUUCAAGUGCAGAGCCAUAGAGCUGUCCUGGUUCCAGACGGUUGCGGAGUCGGCGCUGGGCGUGGAACCUUUCUCCUACCAGGGGGAGCCCCACAUCGUCCUGGCACAGCCCUUUGCUGGCCGCUGCCUGAUCCUCUCCUGGGACUAUGGCCUGCAGCGCUUCCGGCUUGAGGAAGAGCUGUCCGCGCCCUCCGUGGUGUCCUGCAAGCCGCUGGUGCUUGGCCUGCGCCUCUUCGUGCUGGCCGCCCGCCUGUGGGGGGGCUCGCAGCUGUGGGCCCGGCCCCGCCCCGGCCUGCGCCUGGCCCCCACGCAGGCCCUGGCCCCCAAGCGGCUGCUGCGGCCCAACGACGCCGAGCUCCUGUGGCUAGACGGGCAGCCCUGCUUCGUGGUGGCCGAUGCCUCCAAGGCAGGCAGCACCACACUGCUGUGCCGCGACGGGCCUGGCUUUUACCCUCGCCAGAGCCUCCACGCCUGGCACCGGGACACAGAUGCCGAGGCCUUGGAGCUGGACGGGCGGCCUCAUCUGCUGUUGGCCUCAGCCUCACAGCGGCCUGUGCUCUUCCACUGGUCCGGGGGCCGCUUUGAGAGGCGCACUGACAUCCCUGAGGCCGAGGAUGUCUAUGCCACACGCCACUUCCAGGCCAGUGGGGAUGUGUUCCUGUGCCUGACACGCUACAUCGGGGACUCCCUGGUCAUGCGCUGGGACGGCUCCAUGUUUCGCCUGCUGCAGCAACUGCCCUCACGUGGUGCCCACGUCUUCCAGCCGCUGCUCAUAGCCAGGGACCAGCUGGCUAUCCUGGGCAGUGACUUCGCCUUCAGCCAGGUCUUGCGCCUUGAGCCUGACAAGGGGCUCCUGGAACCAUUGCAGGAGCUGGGGCCCCCAGCGUUGGUGGCCCCCCGGGCCUUCGCCCACAUCACCACGGCUGGCAGACGCUUCCUCUUCGCUGCUUGCUUCAAGGGCCCCACACAGAUCUACCAGCUUCACGAGUUAGACCUCAGUGCCUGACAC